AUGCAUCGUCUUUUUGCUGAGCUGGAGCCAUCUUUAACCGUCACAGAGCAAAACCUGGCAGACCGAGUUCGGUAUAUCUUGCGCUCAAAUAUAUUUGAUGUCGCCGAACUCGAACGGCUACGACGUGAGGCUGUUCCCUCGUCGGAUGAGAAUGCUACGGCUGAGGAUGCGGCGCCACAAAUGGUAGAGCAACCCGCAAACGUGGAUGCCGCCGUGAAUACCCCAGUUGUGGUUGAUUCAAGCGAUGAUGGAACAGUCACCCAGGAACUGGAAUUAGAGCAUAUGAGGAGUACAUUGGAAGAGGCGAUUGUGGAAACGCGCAGUACGCCUCUCGAAAAUCGACCGCGACUUCCCCGCAUAGCCCUAAGCAAGCGGAAUCGGGCUGUCGUGAGGGCUCUGAACCCAAUGCUGGUGACCUAUUUGGAAUCCAGCCGGGACCUUUUGCGAGACGGACUCAAUUCUUUUUGGCGCCGCGCUGGCAGUCUGCCGUAUCAUAGGCGCCAAGGUUUCCACGGCUGGACGCGCUACUGGCUAUAG